UUGCAUAUAAUUCUGGAUUAUAUAAAUAAAGGUCAAAUUGCCACUUGCCCCUUUUUAUAAAAUCAUGAGUUUUAUUUUACUUAGAACUUAGAAUAACUUACAAUGAAAUUUCAAACUAUCGCUACCUUAGCCUUUACUUCCACAGCUCUUGCCAGUUAUAUUGAACAAGGCAGAAUCUACAAUGACGAAAAUGCUGUCGUUAUUGGUAAUGACUUCGAGGGUUUCGAAAUUAUCAACCUCAAGGAAAAUGAUGAGCAAAUCUUGAAGAAGACUUCAUCAUUUGCUGUUUCUUCUAGUAGUACUACUACCAAAGCCAAGAAGACCACAACUGCUGUUUCCUCAUCCUCCACUAGUACCAAAAAGUCCAAGGAAACUAGUUCCACUGAAGUUUCUUCUUCUAAAAAGCACAAGUCACAAACGGCUUCUAUUACCAAAACAAAUGAUGGUGCUCAAGUUGGUGCUGCCGGUGCUAUUGUAGCUGGUCCAAUUGCUAUCAUUGCAGGUUUACUUCUUUAAUUUAUUUGAACUCAUUUACGUUUUCUAUAUGGACAAUCAAUUAUAAAAUUAAGUAACAAAAUUAAUAACAUCACUAUAAUUUAGUUUGUAAUAUUAAAAAAGUUCUCUAAGCGU